AUGGGCUUAUCAAAUUAUGCUUCAAUUAAAGAGUAUUCGGAAAUGGUAGACCUGAUGCUCCUGACAUCUGUUUACACAAGAUCCUCUAAUAUCAGUGCUUACAAUGAUGAUAGAGUAAUUUUAGUAGCCAUAUCACAGGUCUCGGGGAUGGCGUCUUUUAUUGUUUGGUUGUUGGUCCAAGUACCUCAAAUUAUUGAAAAUCAUUUGAACCGAUCGGUUCAAGGUCUUUCAUUAUUUUUCGUGAUAUUCUGGAUAUGUGGGGACGUAUCUAAUUUUGUGGGAAGUGUUUUGAAUGGAACUCCCUUUCAGAUGUGUAUCGGGGUAUAUCAUUGUAUCAUGGGGUUAGUUUUGGGUGCACAAUAUUGGUAUUAUACGAACGUUUAUGCACAUAUGAUAAAAAUCCCUGACAGACUACAGGAGAGCACAAAUGAGAAUGCAGGUUUUUAUGAUUCUAAAGCAGGUACAAGGGCUAAUAGAUUUGGGCAACGUGGAGGUGAAGACUAUAGUAGACUGCAGAACUUACAUACUCACAGAAGUGGACGAUUUGGUGAUAAAGUUUUGAAAACUUCAUUAAGUACUAGUGCAUUCAUACGAUCUUCAGAUGCUACCCCAAUUGCUUUUGAUAACAAGAGAUCAUUAGAAGUUCCAUCUACGUCGCUAUCUACUCGCAAAGUAAUUAGUGAAAUUUUAUCAGUCAUUCGAGUUGCCUUAUCAUCAAGCUUAGAAAAGAUUAUUUCUUUCGAAGAGAAUUCAAUACCAGCAUGGAUAUGCUCAUUGUCCUACGUAAGCUCACGUCCGCCUCAAAUUAUACAAAAUUAUAGAACAAGAUCUACGAAUGGCCUUUCACCCUACACAUUUCUAUUAGCAAUGAUCGGAAACCUUUUGUAUGCAAUAUCAAUUGUUUCUAGUUCAUGCAUUCUUUUCAAGAAAGAUAUUGAUGCAUUUAAUUCUAUGAUGUCUGCAAAUAUGCCAUAUGUGGUUAGCAGCAUGAUAACUUUUUUUUUCGAUACCAUUUUAUUAUUACAAUGCUUGUACUAUGAUGAUUCGAAUAAACCAACUGACUUAUUGGAUCCGGAUUUCCUGUCAAAUAGCCUGGUAUUUAUGCAAUAUGGAAAUGGCAAUACUAGCGAUAUGAAUAACCCAACCUACCGUCAUUCCAAAACUUGGAAGGAAAACAAAAAAAAUAAAAUUGUUUAUGAGAACGAUUCGUCUUUACAUUUCCAAACUCCAGCUUGGUAUACUAAUGAUCACUUGGUUACUGGCGUUAAUGAGGACCAAGACGAAGAAGAAGAUUAUUUUAUAAGUAACAAUAGAAGAAGAAGCCACCGAGGAUUAUCUAGCCAUGACGAAACGACAUCAUUAUUGAAUGCCGUUAAUUAUACGUUGACUACACCACCAUCCCAUUAUAUUUCUCGCUCCAUUUUAGACAAACGAAACUAUGUUUCGUCCCAACAAACCAUACCAAAUAUUGUUGCAAACUCAACGUCAAGAAAUGAUUCCAUUAAAGCAGUCAAAUCUGCUGUAUCGGUUACCUCACUGAACUCGGUCAUGUUUAAUGAGCAUGGUAGUAAUGUUCAGUACAACACAUCAAUUUUAAACACUUCGCUAAUACCAUCAAUUGUAAGCAACUAUUCUUCUAUAUCUAAGAAGCUUUCCCACGAUUCCAAAACCCCAUUCCUGCCAAGUGACUUCUUGAGUGACAAUUUUUACAAUCGAUCUGAACUUGCAAGUGUUUCAUCAACUAAUAUGUAA